AUGGCGAGUUCAUUGAAGAAUGUCGUCGUCAUUGGCGGAUCUUAUGUUGGAAGAACGACGGCACAGGAGCUGGCACGGGUCAUACCCACAACACACCGGGUACUGCUACUUGAGCCUCAUAGUCACUUCAAUCAUCUUUUUACUUUUCCAAGAUUUUCAGUGAUCCCAGGACACGAACACAAAGCGUUUAUUCCAUAUUCUGGCUUAUUUUCAUCGGUGCCAAACAGCUCUUUACAUACCGUGGUGUCAGCGCGGGUGCUGUCUAUACAGGCUCAACAUGUGAAAAUCGACCGAGAAUGGCAAGGGUCGACCCAAAUUCCAUUCGAAUACCUUGCCAUUGCCACCGGAACCCGGCUUAAAGAACCCGCUGCAAUGCGAUAUGAUGAUAAAGCAUCAUCGGUUGUUUAUUUAAAAAAGCAUCAAGACAGCGUCAAACAAUCAAAGUCGAUCACCAUCGUUGGCGGUGGCGCGGUUGGCAUCCAGAUGGCCACGGAUUUGAAAGAAUUCUAUCCGGAGAAGGAGGUGACUUUAGUACACUCUCGAGCCCAUGUGAUGCCACACUUCCAUGAAAAAUUGCACGGAAUCAUCGCAAAGAGGUUUGAUGCCCUCGGUAUCCAGCUCAUUACCGGCUCUCGCGUGGUUGUCCCUCCGAAUGGGUUUCCCAGAGAUGGAGAGAGUGUUGAGGUCGAACUUACCAACGGCACAAAGCUCAAGACAGACUUUGUCAUCCUGGCGACCGGCCAAAGGCCAAAUAACAGUCUUGUCCAAGACCUAAGCUCAUCGCAGCCUGGAUCCCUGAUCAAUCCAGACAAUGGCUUCAUCAGAGUCAAGCCGACAAUGCAGCUUCUCGACGACAAGUACCCCAAUGUUUUCGCCGUCGGGGAUAUUGCCGACACUGGGGUGCAGAAAGCUGCCAGGCCCGGAUCAGCGCAGGCCGCCGUCGUGGCCAAGAACAUACAAUCCCUGAUUGAGGGGCAAGUGCCCGAGAACAAAUUCACCUGGGGUGCUUCGGGGAUUCAUCUCACUCUAGGACUGAAACAGCAUAUCAAAUUCCGCAACCCCAACCUGGCAGAAGGCCAAAGCGAGCCUGUUGUCAUAGAAGAAGACGAUGGCGAGGAAGACCUCGGAGUGGAGGGGAUGUGGUCGCGCAUGGGCGUUGAGGUAGAUGGGCCAAGUCGAUACCAUUUGUGA